GGGAGAAUUUGUCAAAGUAUUAAUCAGGUGAUCAUGUCCUCAAUUCUCAUGACCACUGUAUUUUAUAAAGCAGUGAUAUUAAAAGGAGAAAUUUGGUGCUGACCACUCUUCUAAAGGGCUUAAAGGGUUAUGCGGUGAGGUGAAAGGGUUAGUCAGUUUGUGUAAUGACUUUUGUUUAUUUACUUACAGACUAGUAAAGAAGUUCAUUUGAUUUUAAAUGGCUACAACAGACAAUACAAGAGCACUAAAAAUCAAAACUCAGAAGCAUCUUCCUUCCUACCUCCCAACAACAUUGAACUUCCCAAAACUGUGGAUUGGAGAAAGAAAGGUUAUGUUACGCCUGUGAAAAACCAAGGACAGUGUGGAUCAUGUUGGGCUUUCAGUACAGUAAGAAAUCAACAGUUUUUUUAAGUCCUUUGUUAUUCAUCAUACAUGUACUUGCUGUGUAUCUUGAGCAGAAACUGUCUGCCUGGCCUCUGAUUACACUGCACCCCUUCCAUUUUAAGGCUGGUUUUCACUAGAGAUGGAGUUUUGGAGCAAAAACAUUCAAGGAACUAACCUUACUUGAGAUUGUGAAUUAUACCUUUUUUAAGGGGCCUAAGAUCUUGACAUUACACUGUACUGUGUAUAUUUGUUUUCUUGGUGAUUGGUUACGACUGUAGAUACUGUAUAGUCAGCUCUAUCUUAAUGGUCACCUUGGUAACUAAGUCAGACACCUAGAGUUGGUCCCUGCCUUUCUUGACUCCCUUUAUUUGAUUUUAAGAUGGAUGUCACUCUUCGGCAGAUGUACAUGUACUUGAUACUGGUCCCGAAGCUUUCUGUCGUAGAAGGAAUGAACUGUAUUACAUGUAUUGCUCUCCAUAUUACAGUAAACAAGUGCUAAUAAAUUGUUGGUAUUUUCAUCUGGCAGACUGGAUCACUGGAAGGCCAGCAUUUCAAAAAAACAGGAAAACUAGUCUCCCUUAGUGAGCAAAACUUGGUUGACUGUUCUGAAAAGUUUGGAAAUUAUGGAUGUGAGGGAGGUUUGAUGACCAAUGCCUUCAGGUAUAUCAAAGCAAACAAAGGAAUUGACACUGAAAAAAGUUAUCCCUAUGUUGCUGAGGUGAGAGGACAAAAUUUAUUUUUCCUGUACUGUUUCUCAUAUGUAUCUGCAUUUUAUACUGUAUUGCAAUGUAUCAGUGUUCUUGGCUUCACCUGAUGUGAUGAAAAUCCAAUCAAAUUAUCAAUAAUUGCAAGGAUUUGCACAUUUUUAGUUUCCCUAGUUCUCCAGACAGUUCUGAGAGGGGUUGUUAGAAUCCUAUCUACACGUUAACACCUACACAAAUAAAUAUUAAAGGUGCAUUCCUUAGGACUUCUUCAUAAUCCUGAAGUGUACUCAAUCUGGUCUUAUUGAAAUCUCCUGUAGGAUGAGAAAUGCCGCUUUAAUGCUUCAUCUGUUGGUGCCGACGACACUGGUUAUGUGAAUAUCACCUCUGGUGAUGAAAAAGCUUUGAAAGUCGCUGUUGGUACAGUGGGACCCAUCUCGGUGGCUAUCGAUGCUGGUCAUCUCUCUUUUCAGUUCUAUAAGAAGGGUGUUUACAAGGAGCCUGCAUGUAGCAGUACAUUGCUGGAUCAUGGUGUCUUAGCUGUGGGUUAUGGUACUACCGAUGAUGGUCAGGAUUACUGGCUUGUCAAAAACAGGCAAGUUCCUUACUAUCUCCACACAUACUGUAGACUCCUGAUUAUAAGCCCUAGGCUUAUACAACUUUAUAAGGAGUUUUAAGAGGCCUUUAAGCCCCAAUAUCCACAUACAAAUUCUCCAAACUGAGCUCUAUACAUUUCCUUAAAGAAUGAGUUGAGAGAAUUUGAUAAAAGAUCAAAGUAUUUUCUCUUAGGUGAUCAUUUAAUUAAUUCUCAUAACCUCAUCUCAUGAUAAUGUAUGGGUAUCAUGAGGAGAAAAUUGCUGUUGGUCACUAUUGGGACUUAAAGGGAUAACCAGAUAUAUUUUUUGCUUACAGGUAGAUGGGCCUAUAAAUGGGGGUGGGGUGGGAGGGGGGUGUAGAAGUGGGGCGAUUAUGAUCAGAAGUUUACAGUAUUAUAUCAUUAUUAAUUUAUUACUCAGAGAAAUAUAAGUGACUGAUUCCCGAGUUCAUUUGACAUUAAUUUACUGUACAGUGCAGUCAUUUUGUCAGCCCAAAAUAAUAUUUACCUGCUUGUCACUAUAGUUCCCAGUAGCUGAAUGGUUAGAGCAUCUGACUAGUGUUUGGAAAGUCAUGUGUUCAAUUCCCAUCUCAAAACUCGGAAUUUUUCUCUGUGUUCUUCUCUCUGCACAUUUCACUCCAUUUAUUUGAUGUAAAAUUCUUUUAGGAUUUUGCAUAAGGGACUACCGUACCAUAAUAAUACUGUUUACCCAAAAGAGCCCGACCGUGAAUGAAUGCCAUGCACACUUAUAAGCCAGACAUAGUUAGUCGAUAAAAGUCUAUAUCGGAAAUCAAGUAAUAUCAACCAUAAUAAUUGAUUUAAUCUGCCGAUUACUAUUGAUUAAUAUCGGAAAUCGACACUAAUCAGAGUGUCACAGAAAAAAUAAUUUAUUGAUUAUUAUCGCUUAACAAAAUAAAUAAAGAUUGAUAGGAAUCGAUAGUAAUCGAUAAAAAAAUCAUCAUUGAUUUCUAUCGGAAAAUCAUCGAUAUUAAUCAAAGUCACUACUUUUUUCUUCAUCGAUCGACAUUGGAAAUCGAUAUUCAUCAAUGAUUGAUAUCGAUUACUAUCGAGUAAUAUUGAUUGUGUAAGGGCCACUUGUCUGGCUGCAUCUUUGCACCAACAACCUAGCACUUUUUGGUUUUUUUUUUUUUGUUGAAAGGCUGAUGUUGUUUUUGUUACAAUGUAUUACCAGAGCUGUGAGCUGUGAAUAAGAGCUGUAACCAGUAAGGAGCUGUUAUGGCUGAGCUCACUUGAUAUUGUGGGUAGUCAAAGCAGCAAAUUAAGAAUGACACUGUAAAUGUUGGGGCUCUCGAUGAUUCAAGUUGUACCUUAACUCAACACUAAAACAACAGAAAAAAUAAAGGAGUUUGAUUUUUCUUUCUUUCUAGCUGGGGUGCAUCUUGGGGAGACAAAGGUUACAUCAUGAUGGCCAGAAACAACAAUAACAUGUGCGGCAUUGCAACUUCUGCGAGCUACCCACUGGUGUAAAAGUUGACAAACCAUGACAGAAGUCAUCAAAGAGAUUCCAAAUGAAAACAGAAUUUUGCAAAGUUUGUCAAGUGUAUAGUUGCAGUGAUAAACAUUGAGCAAAAUAUUGGAACUGUCUUCACGGUGAAUUUUGUUUGAUGACAAAGUACAAGUUUCAGCAUUUUUAGCUCUUUUUAUUUGAUUGGACCGAUAAGAUUUUUUUCAGCUAGUGAGUUAGGAGUAAAGUAGAUUUUUUUAGGUACAGAUAGACAUAAACCUCAUAUUUGUAAAUAACAUUGUUUUAUUGUUUGAUUGUUGGCAUUUUGUUGCAUUGAUAUUCAGGUCUUAUGACACCUACGAGGAAAAUAGUGAGAGUGAAUUCAAAAUCUGAAGUUAUGACCUGUGAAAUAUUUUUUUGGAGACUUUGGCAGAAUUUGAGUUUGUGGCUUUUGGAUUGUGAGAUACUUAAAGUGCAUAUGAAGUGCAAAAAAUUGUUGUUAACCAUACCUCAGGUGCAAAAUUACCAAAAACAUGUGUGAAACAAAACCAUGUGCUUGUAACUGUAGACCACUAAGAGCCACAACAACAUUAAAUUUUUUACUACAUCACAGCUAUGAGCUGGCUGCAAGUAGUGUAGAGACACUUUCCAGCACAAAAUUUGAACGUUCCAGGACUGAUAGCUGCAGAAUGAAAUUGUUCUGUUUGGUAAAACCUACAUAUUGGAACUGAGAAAGUCAUAAACUUUCAGACUACUUCAUAUGCACCUUAACCAGGCUGAGAAACAAAGAUACCAUGUAUGACGGGAGCGAUCCUGUGUAUAGGACUCAUAUGCGAGGUAUGGGGCAGAGAAGAAAAAUGCAUAUACACUGUAUUAUUGUGUUCUACUGUUACAUGUAUUUAAAGUUGUUUCCUAUUUUUAUUUAAAAUACAUUAAGACAUUACAAUGUUUUUUACAAGGCAAAUUAAGUUAGUGGUAUGCUCAAUAAACC